AUGGAGGAUUUCUUUGGAAACUAUACCGAACAAAAUAUCAGCCAAUAUGACCACAUGACUUAUGACCCUUACGGAGACAGUUACUACAUGCUGAAUUGGUAUUUCUACGACAACUAUACCACUUUCUUUUGGCAUCCUUCAGGAUUUACCAUAAACAGUUCACUCAUCUCAAGAGUGGCGACAUACAUCUUCGUUGCCAUUGGCAUGCCGUUGAUCCUUUUGGCCAUCUACUCUGUGUAUUUCAUGGUAAGGAAAUGUAACUCAAAAGUAAUCAUGUUGUCCUCAUGAUUGUCUGUAUCUAUUAAAACACUUUGGUUGCAGAUGUGCUCUCCAGUUUUCAUCUCUUUGCAGCUGUGAUCUAUUGGUUACAGCGUAAAUCUGAUAAUCAGGACAGAGGGUUCUGGCAAAGUUCAGUAAUCUGGAUAUUUACCUCUGUAGAAGUCUGGUCGACUCAAUUCAGCUAAUGUUUUUUUUUAAUUUUUUGUUUUGUUUUGUUUUUGAGAGGUAGAGAGAUCAAGAAAAAAAAAAAACUAAUUACUUGAGGAAAAGUGCCGGUGUAAAAUAGCAGCAUACCUGAUACUGACUCCUUCACGGCAGUUUUAUAGUUUAAAAAUUAUUACAGUGAAAUGAUUAGCUUUGUAUCUGAUGAUCUAAUUUGUUUCUGUAAAUCACAAAGAUACAUCUGAACCAAUUUCUGUUCUCAGUCUGUGAAAACUCCCCAUUAUACCUUUAAUCUGAACUUUUUAUAAACUUUUUGUUCACUGACACCCACUCUAACUUUUUGAGCCAGUAAACUCUAUACCAGCAUCAGAUCAGCUGACUGACAAGUGAAACAUAUCUUGUUUUCCCUUGUUACAGUUAAAUGGAGCAGUUGGACAAAUGAACACCACAUAUUUAAUAGACGGUGGAGUACAGAAUAUUUCUAAAGCCGCUGAUUGAAUCUGAAAACUGUUUUCCUGCAGGUGCGAAGUGAUCCUGUUGCUGCGAUCUACGUCAUCAACCUCCUAAUUUCUGACCUUAUUCAACUCUGCUGCAUGUUCAUCGUGGAGUUACCGUCAGUGUAUUGGGACUUGUCCAGUGAACUUUAUGAAGUUGCUGUGCUGGCCAGUGUUGGCUUCAUGGUGUCGCUCUCCAUAGAAAGGUAAUAACUAAUCAGUUUGUGUGUUGUUACAUACCUCUGUGUUUCUGGUUAUACAAUUGAGAAGAGACAAUGGGUCUCAUUCAUGAAGCACAGGAAGGAUGUACCUGUGUGUAAACUGUUGGCAGACAGGAAUUUACAAAGGAUUGGUCUGACUGGUUUGAAGUUCAUGCUGCUUUAAAAAGGGGGAAUUAUGCAUUUCUUCAGACUCUGUGCUAUCUCAUUAAUAGCUUGUCAUGAUUUUCAGAUCAAAAAAAGCCUCCUGUUUCUCACUCUGGUGUAUUUUAAUACCAUUAUAUCAGCCUCUGUCUGAAAUGCUUCAUUUUAGCCACUGUCUCUUUUUGUAAUCUUUGUUAUUUUACUUGUGUUCAAUUAUUUACAGGUACAUGGUCAUCGUCCAUCCCCUGUGGUACCGCAUCAGAAGAAGCGUCAAGUUCUCUCUUGAGGUCAGCGCUGUGGUCUGGACCGUUUCUAUUGUGUAUAGCUUAACUUUAAAAACCACCAUUGUUUCCUACAUCCUGGCCUUCCCAGUACUUAUCUUCUGCCUGGUCCAGACUGCCAGGGCCCUCUUUCGUUCCUUGUCAGUCCCUCUUGAUGAAAAACUAAGAAUUAUUGGAAUUUUAGCCACAGUGUCGCUUUUUUUUAUUCUACUGUUCUUUCCUAUAGUACUUUAUAACUUGGGUUUGGACAGCUCCACAGUUUUCUAUGUGUCUCGCACCCUUUUAAGGUUAAGUCCACUUUCAGACUUGGUUCUGUAUGUUUUCAUAAGGAAAGGGUCCGUAUCAAAGCUUUUGAAUGCUGUGAGGUGUUGCAAGAUGAAGAGCAAUGA